AUGGUUUACACAAUUCUUAAUUCACUUUUUUUAGUAAUCUCCAUUCUAAGGUUCGCUCUAGCAUCUGAAAAACUAGUCUUAACAGAUUUAACUGGUGUAUACACUAGCUCAUCAAUUUCAUGGAAUGCAAAUAAUGUUUAUUUAUGUGGUGCAACAGAUUUUACUGAAUUUGCUAAUACUACUGCGCUUGGGUGGUUUGGAUAUGGAAAUAACAGCACUUCAAAGAAUUUUACCAAUCUACCUCCUCAUUGGAGUAUAACAAUUAGGUUUGAACUCAUUCUUUAUGAGUCUUUAGAUCCAAAUGAUUAUAUUUAUGUUAAUAUUAAUGGAUAAACUGACGCAUACUAAAAAGAUGCAUAUUGGCUUGGAUAUUAUUUUUGCUAUCUAAAUAAUUAUUAUUAUGAUGAGAUAGUCCUUUUUCAUAAAAAUUUUACUUCCCAUACAGAUUCUUUUAUAAAUAUACUUGUUUGGUCGAAAACAGAUGAAUCAAUACUCAAUGAAGGUUUUGGACUAAAAAAUCUUUAUUUGUCAGUAGAUACUUGUCAUGAAUCAUGCCUAACUUGUAAUGGACCAACAGCUAACUAAUGUACAUCUUGCCCACCUAAUUCCACCUAAAAUGGAAAUACUUGUAAAUGUAAUAGUGGCACUUAUGCAUAAGAUAACAAAUGUGUAAAUGUUUGCCCAGCCGGAUAAAUUAAAGAUUCAACAGGAACACUUUGUAUAUAAGAUUUUUGUUACAGCGUUUAAUGCUAAACUUGCUCAAACAGUAUUUGUACUCUUUGCCAAUCUGGAUAUUAUCUCCUCAAUGGAUAGUGCGUUUAAAGUUGCCCUUCAUAUACUACUGUUAAUGGUUAAUAAUGCAUCGACAUAAUUACUAAGACUAGCUAUGGAUAAUAUUUGUAUAAGGGUAUGUUCAGUACAUACUUUGGGGAAGGCGAAAUAUCAGGAACUGGAUUAUCAUAUUCAGGAUUUCAAGGAUAUUUAACAAACCCGAGUAGAGCUAUGACAACUGUUUGUGGAGGUAAGAGUCUUUUAGGUGGAGCUUAUUUAAGCUCAGUAAAUUCUUAUAUAAGUAAAAACUUUACUGGAAUAGCCCCUCAUUGGACAGUAUUAAUAGGUUACACAUUAUAUAAAAUUGAUAAUUGGAACAACGAAUCAAUUUAAAUGAUAGUAGAUAAUGAUGUGAAAAAUACUACAACUAAGAGCGCAAGUGAUGGAACGAGUAAUAUCUGUGGAAGAGUUUCAUUCAAGGAUUAAAUUAUAUAUGUUACAUAAAACUUUACCCAUACAGCUACCUCCCUUAAUUUAAAAAUUAGUUCUACAUUAGCUUCAACCCCUUUUACAGAAUCGUAUGGUAUCAGAGAAAUGUUUAUAUUAGUUGAUUACUGUACUACUAAUUGCGCAGUUUGUAAUGCUUAAGGUUGUACUAAAUGCUAAACAAAUUUUUAUCUAUAUAAUUUCUAAUGCGUAAGCUAAUGCCCAAGCAACUAUGCUCCUGACACUAAUUAAUCUUGUCAGCCUUGUGAUGCGACAUGUCUGACAUGCUCAUUUCCAUAGAGUUCAACUUCCUGUAAAACUUGUAAGCCAAAUACAUAUUUGAACCCAAAUAAUUCAUGCUAAAGCACUUGUCCAGAUAAAUACUGGCCUAAUACAUCUAAUUUGACUUGUUAAACCUGUGAUACCAAUUGUUAUAAUUGUAAAAGUCCAGGAGAUUAAAAUUCUUGUACAAGCUGUAGUGGAAAUGUAUAUUUGAGCAAUAAUUAGUGCAUUUCUACUUGUCCUCCUGGAACAUUCCCUUUAAAAUAAACUAAUAAUAAUAUUUGCCAACCAUGUGAUUCAUCUUGCAAAACAUGUAAUGGAUAAAAUAGCAAUAACUGUUAAAGUUGUUAAGCUCCUAAUUUAUUUUAUCAAGCAAGCUCAUCAACUUGUGUAUCUAGCUGUAAUACUGAUUAGUAUAAAAAUACUAUUAAUUAGACUUGCUCUUAAUGCAAUUCAAUAUGUGCUACUUGCUCAGGACCCAACAAUAAUAAUUGUUCAUCAUGUACUGGAAAUUCAUUUUUGUAUUAAAAUCAAUGUAUUCCUAAUUGUCCUAAUGGCUAUUUCAACAAUACUAAUAAUAAUACAUGUACUCCUUGUGAUAGUUCUUGCUACACAUGCAAUGGAAAUGCGCCAAAUAAUUGUCUCUCAUGUUAGCUUUAAAGAUAUUUUAAUCCUGUCUCAAACUAAUGUGUUUACACUUGUAAUUCAAACUAAUAUCCUGAUCCAACAUCUAUUUAAUGUAAAUCUUGUGAUUCAAAAUGUUUGACAUGCAAUGGACCUUCAGCAACAUAAUGCACAAGUUGUGGGAAUGGUCUUUACUUAGAGAAUAAUUAAUGUGUUUAACAAUGUAGUUAAUCUUAUUAUGUCAAACCCAAUACUAAUAUUUGUUAGUAAUGCGAUUCCUCAUGCUUGACAUGUAGCGGCCCUUCUUCUUAAGAAUGUACUUCAUGCGCAACAAAUUUAAUAUUCUUGAACUCUUAAUGCUAUUCUGAAUGUCCAUCUGAGUAUUAUACUUCAUAAGAAUCACAAACUAAAGAAUGCAAACUCUGUAAUUACUAAUGCAAAUUAGGAUGUAGUGGCCCACUUGCUGAAGAUUGUGACUCUAUUAAAUACUAAUAUUAAAUUAUAUCUUACAUUUUGGCAGGAAAAUUUUUCCUAUGGUGUACUUCUUCUAUUUUAGGAUUUAUAAUGGAUAAAAAGUAGUCUAGGGUGUAAGUAGAAACAUUUGCCCGUAAAGUCUCAGUAGAAAGUGAUAAAUUAGACAAUUUGUAAGAUUCACCAUAAAUAGAGGAAUAUUAUGACAGACAAUAAUAAAAUGGAGAAAAAUCUUCUACUAAAUUUAAGUCAGAAACUGCCUCCUAAUAAAAUUAAUAAGAUCUAAUUAAUUUAAAAUAGCAAGCUCUUUAAUUUUAAAUGAAAGUAGAUUUAGAUAAAAUGAAAAGAGUAGGAAAUAGGAGACCAAGAUAAAAAUUUUACAAAAAUGCUUUUUAUGAUAGAUCCAUGUAGACGUUUGAAUUUUAAUUACCUUCGAUUGCCUUUAAUAUGAAUUCUAGCUCCCACACAAGGAAUCCUAAUGAACUAGGAGGAACUGUAACUACCGUACCUAAUUUGUCAUAAGUAAAAACUUAAAUGUCAGGCAUUUAAGAAGUAAAAAUAACUAGGCCUUAUAUUUAUAAAUAUAAAAUGAAUGAAAUAUUUAAGUUCACAAUAUUAGGAAAUGAGUGGGUUUCACUAUUUUACUUUUAUGACCACAAUUUAAAUAGAUUAACUAGAGCUACUUUAAUCUUUUUGAAGUAUCUGGCUUUCUUUUUCUCAACUGAACUGAUUUAUAGUUAAUCAUACUACUUAUUGAUAACAUGUCUGUUAUUUGGAUGGACUUCAAAACAGUGGCUUAAAUAUAUUCACUAGCUACUUACAAAAAUAUCUUCAAAAUUUAUUCAAUUAAUUUUAUUGACUUUCUUAGCUUUAAUUUCUGUUCAUAUGUAUUUUUGGUUUGUUCCAUAGCUAAUGAGUCUUAAAUUUCUUAAGGAUGAAACAUGGAGCUUGUAUUAUGGAAUAGUAUCUGCUACUGAUUUUGUUGUAUUUUAACAAUUAUUUAGCUUUUUUGAAUACAUUUAUUCCAUAAAAUACCUAAAUAACUAAUUUAACAGACUAAAACUUUCUAAAAUUUACUAAUUAGUAAUAAAUUAAUAAUUUAUAAAAAAAAUUAAAUAAAAUGAAAUAUGA